AUGUACACAAAGUACACCAACCAGCGACGCAAGUCGCCCUCUCCAAUGAUGCGAACUCUGGUAAAAGGUCAGACCAUGACCACAACACCACAAAAGAAGACUCACCCAGCAAAACCGAUGGUACUCCCGCAAGUUCCAAAACCCACGCAACACCACAAACCGGCUAGGAGCGAACCUCAAGAGCUACCACCUCGUGCGCACGAACCAACUAUCUCUUUCCAGCAGACUACUAGCUGUGCCCAGACCACGACGACACCCUCCUCCGAUCACGCUCUCGAUAACCAACUUCACAUAACACCAUUCCCCCCACUCUUCCAGCAGAACACUUACGUCUCCCGUCGCAUUGCUGGAAAGCAGCAUCGAGAUCCUAGCCAGCACCCCCAUGGCUCGCGGCCACGUCGGACAAAGCGGCGUUGGUCCUGGAUCAUGGGAGACAUUGUGUACAUUUACAUUUCCGUCCGUCCCGAAGCAUGA